AUGGAUCUCUCACGGCAAGAGUACCCAACCCUGCUGGCCACCCUGCAUCCAGGCCAAGCUACGACCGUCCUGAGCGAUCGCAUUCGAGUCAUUAACAAGAUCAAUGCGGAUAUCGCGGAUUACCUACAGGAACGACGCCGCGUUGAAGAAGCAUAUGCCCAAGGGUUACGGAAGCUAGCGCAUCGGCCGCAGUUGGACAAUGGAGCUGCUCUUGGCAUUUUCCAAAUCCCCUGGCAACGCAUCAUCAGUGCCACCGAAACGCUCGCCGUGUCGCACGAGACCCUUGCGAGCAAAAUCGAGGAGGAUGUCGAACGACCUCUGAGGGAAUUCAGCAACAAAAAUCCAGAGAUGAAGUCGAUGCCCGGUAUCCAGACUAGUUUGGCGGGGUUGGCGAAGAAUGUGGAGACUGCGCAGAAAAAGGUGGACAAGGCCAGGGCGAAGGGUGUCAAAGGUGCAGACAAACUUGCUAGCGAGAUCGCGAAUGCCGAGGAAAUGCAUCAGCAAUGGGAUUCGCGGGCUCCCUUUGUUUACGAGCAACUCCAGGCCGCCGAUGAGACCCGGCUCAACCACCUUCGGGAUGUGCUAACACAAUUGGAGACCCACGAGCUGGAUCAAGUGGAGCGUGGUCGCCAGGCCGCUGAAAGUUGCUUGAACAUUCUUCUCAAUGUGGAAACCGCAGAUGAGAUCAAGACCUUUGCUGCUAGAUCGGCGGGUCCACGGGUCCCUGUUACGCAGGCAAUCGCCAGAAGUCAGACUGAACGGGCAGAGACACCUUCCGCGAUUGAACCACUAUCUGAGCGGACACAGACUGCGCCAGUUGAACAUCAUUUCUCCACACCAUCGACAGAAGCACCGCUUCCGCCUCCUCCUCGCAUCCAGGACGAUGCGGCAAGUCAACUGUCAGACACAUCCGAGAGACAUGCCGUCCCUCAGACACAACCAGUACCGGAAGCACAGCCACGGCAUACUCCCUUGGGGGGACUGAGACGUCUAGGCACUGUCAUGAAUAGGAGAAAGAGCAUUGCCAUGCCCUCCACUGGAACUUUUGACCGAAAGGCGGAGAAGAAACGUAGCCCCUUUGCUGCAUUCAAGCGAGCCGACUCCUCUCGCGAUUUGCAAAUACCCGAAUCUCCCCCCUUGACCGCCACUGACCGUCCGGGGACAUCCUUUACCGAUCAAUCAUCCUUACGGAAUCCUAGUGUGUCGCAAGAUCACACCGGGUUAGAUACUGCUGCAACUGAGCCUGAAGUACACCCCGAGAGCCCCAGAAAUGGAGCCGCCCCAGAAGGAUUCACCAAUAACCAUGUCAAUCAGCCACACGUUGAUUCAGAAGGGUUUACCCAGCGCCCUGCAACAAUUGACGAGAUCACGCGUGCCCAGAAUGAAGCAGCGGGGCUAGAUGAGUCUGGUUUGAAUUUGACGAUUCGAGACCAACCCAUUUUCGAGGAUGAGAGCCAAGCGAAGCGGGCCAUGGAUGAUAUGGCAAAUACCCUCCGAAUGCGGGCUCCACAGACAGGAAUGAGACGCAAUGCAGGUACUAUUCGCGGACGCCGUGAUGUUCGCAAUACAAUGUUUAUUGCUUCUCCUGGAAAUGAGCUUCCGCCAUCUUCGGCAGGGUCGGAGUCCCAGCCACCAACCUCGCCAAUCAGGAAUAUGACAUCCCCCAGCAUUGCCCCCAGCACUGCUACUGAUGAUCACACUAUAUCAGAUACAACGUCUGUUCGCUCCGGACACGCUAUGCAUGGUCCAGGAGCUUCAGUCCAUCCUGAUUUAUACGAAUCUGGCCUGAAUGCUUCAGUUAUUGAGACCAUCAAUGCAUGGUUCUCAGAGGGUAAUGUCACCAAGUCGUUCGUUGUUGGUGAGCUUGCUCUAGCAAACAACCCUACACCUGGUACUACGGUAGACCAUACGCGCAUCCAACUCGAUAAUUUCCAGGUGCUGGAAAAGGUAGCGGCCAAUCCCCACUUUGUGCAGGAGGUUUCCAAAGACGCUGGCGAUGACAAGAGAGGCGAAUACGAUAUCCAGUUGGGCAGCAUCUCUCGUCCCAUGCCGACAGUCGCCUUCAAGUAUCAACUGCAUAUCGAUCCAGCCAACCCCUCCGCCUACUGCCCCGUCAUAUUCAAGCCAGUCUGGAACCUAGAGGAAUCACAGGGUAGCGCCAUCAUCUACUAUACGCUCAACCCAUCCUUCAUUGCCCACUCAGCGGAGUCAAUUAUCCUGAAAAACCUGGUCUUGACUAUCAACUUGGACACCGCCACCGAGGACCCAAUUACCAAGCAGCCGCGCGAGUCAGUGGCCCACGCCAUCAGCGCCGCCAUGUACCCUAAUACCGGCGCCACCUUCCGUCGCAAAACCUCCACUGUCACAUGGAGAAUACCGGAGCUGGAAGUCAAGGCCCCCACCACCCCAAGCGCAGACAGCAAGUUCCUUGUCCGCUUCGUGACGUCCACCCCUGGGCCUCGUAGGGGUACAGUCGAAGCAAAGUUUGAGCUCCGCGGCGCCGAAUCCGCUUCUCAGCUGGGUAUCAGCCGUGCUGCCUCAGCCGCGGAGCAGAAGGAAGCCGACCCCUUCGCCGACGAGGGUCGUGAGUCCCCGCUGUCUGCGACUUCAUGGCUGGGCGUUCCGACUACACGCAAGCUGAUCGGUGGAAAGUAUGUCUCUUCCUAG